GAAGCUGUAACCAAACCCCAUGAAAUAUUUAAUAAAACUCUCCCACCAAAAAAAAAACAAAACAAUAGUAGUUUUUGUUUGCAGUUGUUAAUGCUGUUGCUGUUCCUCUGUGUUGAACUUUCAUUUUCUCCCUUUCUCAUUAUUGUUGUUGCUGUUUGUUGCCUUUUUUAACAUGCUGAUAUGAUGGAGAGUUAAAUUUGAUCCAAGGAAGAGAAAGAGAGAGAUGGGUUCUUGUGUGUCAAGACCUGAAGGCUCUGCUGUCCCAAAGUUAAGGUCUUCCAUGAAGAAUAAGAAGAAGAAGAAGCAGAAUCGGAAAAGGAGGAAAAGCUUCGAGAAAAGGGUGUCUAAUGGGCUGACUGACCCAUUCUCCGAUGAGUUUUGUAGCUGGGAUGCUCCACCUGAUCAUCACUCUUCCUUCUCAAACCCAACUUUUCAAGGGAGUGAGGAAUUGUGGUUCGAUCCAGUUGCAGUAUUUGAAUCUGACUAUGAUGAGGAUUUUGAAAGUGUUCAGGAGGAUGUGUUAUCAUUAAAUGGUCUUGAGGGUGUAUCUGUAUCCAGUAUUUCAUCUUUAACAGAUGCUAAUUGCAGAGACCAUUCUUCUUUAGUCUAUCAUACACAGAAACCGGGGGAUGUUAAUUCCAGAACAAAAUCUGAUGGACCUUCAAAUGAAGCGAAAGAACCUGUAUUCCUUGAUGAUAUUGUCUCUUCCGUGGAUGAAGGUCCUGGCAAGGAGGAUGGGUUGUUGGAUGAUUGUGGUAUUCUUCCAAGUAAUUGUUUACCUUGUCUUGCAUCUACUGUUCCAUCAAUUGAAAAGAGAUCACUUAGCUCUAGCCCGCCGAGUGCGAGAAAAAAGCCUGCCUUAAAAAUUUCAUUUAAAUGGAAAGAAGAGAAUGCCAAUGCCAUUUUACUUUCUUCAAAGAUGCUGCUUCAGCGACCGAAAGCAGGUUCUCAGGUGCCGUUUUGCCCUAUAGAAAAGAAAAUGUUUGAGUGUUGGUCUCAUAUUGAUCCUGGUACUUUCAAGGUUCGAGGAGAAAAUUAUUUUAGCAGGGAUAAGAAGAAGGAUUAUGCACCUAACCAUGCUGCAUAUUAUCCUUUCGGAGUUGAUGUAUUCCUAUCCCCACAAAAAAUAGAUCACAUAGCUAGAUUUGUCGAACUCCCUGUUAUUAGUCAUUCCGAGAAACUACCAUCUAUCCUUGUCGUAAAUGUUCAGAUUCCCUUGUAUCCUGCUGCACUUUUUCAGAGUGAAACUGAUGGAGAAGGGAUGAGUUUCGUUCUUUACUUUAAGCUUUCUGACAGUUACUCAAAGGAGCUUCCGCUCCACUUUCAAGAAAACUUUAGGAGGUUAAUUGACGACGAAGUUGAAAAGGUUAAGGGAUUCCCUAUGGAUACAAUUGCGCCAUUUCGUGAACGGUUGAAAAUAUUAGGUCGUAUUGCAAAUGUGGAAGAUCUUCACAUGGGUGCGGCAGAGAGGAAGCUUAUGCAGGCAUACAAUGAAAAGCCUUUUCUUUCACGUCCACAGCAUGAGUUCUACUUGGCACGUAUGCUUGGAGAAAAUUAUUUGGAGAUAGAUAUAGAUAUGCACAGAUUCAGUUACAUCUCUAGGAAAGGUUUUGAUGCAUUCCUAGAUAGGCUAAAGCUUUGCAUCUUAGACGUAGGCCUAACGAUACAGGGGAAUAGACCUGAAGAGUUGCCAGAACAGAUAUUAUGUUGUCUACGGUUAAGUGGAAUCGACUAUAUGAAUUACCACCAACUUGGUUUGAUUCAAGAGCCUUCUUAUAAUUUCUGAGCUUGAUAGCCCCUACUCUGAGACAACAAUAAGACUUAUCUUCCUACUCAGACAUUUAGAGCUUAGGGUACUACUUCCGGUGCUGAAUGUGUGUUGUAAUGAAUUCAAUUCAAGAGGGCUUCAGUUGAAACUUGUCCACUCCGAAGGCAAUAAGCGUCAUGAGAUAUGCACCAAAUGAUCAUGAAUUUAUUUUCAGAAAGAUAAGAGAUCAAAGGUAUGGCCUUUGAGAUCCUUGUACUCUUAUAUUGCUGUCCAUUGUAAUAUCUAGAAUUAAUUCAUUGGAUCAUAUGCACUGGUUGAACCCAGGUUUAUUUUUCAAUAUUUUGUGGAAAUGAAUAUUGAGAAUAUUUACAA